UCAAUCAACCGAAGACUACAACCCAUCAUCAAAUAGCUAUGGCGAAUACAUCUUUCUGUCGGUUUACUAUUUACUUUUGUGUUCUUCUCUUAUGCCAUGGAUCUAUGGCCCAACUAUUUAGCCCGAACAUGAGUCCAUGGCACAGUCCUCGGCAAGGAGGCUUUAGGGAUUGUAGAUUUGAUAGACUACAAGCAUUUGAACCACUUCGGAAAGUGAGGUCAGAAGCUGGGGUUACAGAGUACUUUGAUGAGAGGAAUGAACAGUUCCAGUGCACAGGUACAUUUGUUGUCCGACGUGUCAUUGAGCCUCAAGGCCUUCUGGUGCCCCGAUACACCAAUGCUCCUGGCAUGGUCUACAUCAUCCAAGGAAGAGGUUCUAUGGGAUUAUCAUUUCCCGGUUGCCCAGCGACCUACCAGCAACAGUUCCAACAAUUUUUACCAGAAGGGCAAAGCCAGAGCCAAAAGUUUAGGGAUGAGCACCAAAAGAUUCACCAAUUUAGGCAAGGAGAUAUUGUUGCACUCCCAGCUGGUGUUGCGCAUUGGUUCUACAAUGAGGGUGAUACACCUGUUGUUGCUCUAUAUGUCUUUGAUGUAAAUAACAGUGCUAAUCAGCUUGAACCAAGACAGAAGGAGUUCUUAUUGGCUGGUAACAACAAUAGGGAGCAACAGGUGUAUAGUCGCUCAAUCGAGAAACACUCGGGGCAAAACAUAUUCAGCGGAUUCAACAGUGAGCUAUUAAGUGAGGCCCUAGGCAUCAGCACAUUGGCGGCAAAGAGAUUACAAGGCCAAAACGACCAAAGGGGAGAGAUUAUACGCGUGAGGAAUGGCCUUCAAUUGCUAAAGCCCACUUUUACACAACAAGAACAAGAACAAGCACAACGUCAAUACCAAGACCAAUAUAGCGAGGAACAACAAGAAUCUACCCGUUGUAAUGGUUUGGAUGAGAACUUCUGCACAAUCAAGGCAAGGUUGAACAUCGAGAAUCCUAGCCGUGCUGAUACCUACAACCCACGUGCCGGAAGGAUCACACGUCUCAACAGUCAGAAGUUCCCUAUCCUUAACCUUGUACAAAUGAGUGCUACUAGAGUAAACCUAUACCAGAAUGCUAUUCUGUCACCAUUUUGGAACGUUAAUGCCCAUAGCUUGGUGUAUAUGGUUCAAGGGAAUGCUCGAGUUCAGGUCGUUAGUAACUUUGGGAAGACGGUAUUCAAUGGUGUUCUUCGUCCCGGGCAAUUGUUGAUCAUUCCACAACACUAUGUCGUCUUGAAAAAAGCUGAGCGUGAAGGAUGCCAAUAUAUUGCAUUCAAGACCAAUGCAAACUCUAUAGUAAGCCGCCUUGCAGGGAAGAACUCAAUUCUUCGUGCCAUGCCAGUGGAUGUGGUCGCUAAUGCUUACCGCAUCUCAAGGGAACAAGCUCGGAGCCUUAAGAACAACAGGGGAGAAGAGGUUGGUGCGUUCACUCCUACACUUCAACAACAAACAUACCUAGGACUCUCCAAUGAGUCUGAAGGCAAGGCUUCGGAGUGAUGUAAUAAGGAGCUAGUAUAGGCAUAUCCAAAAAUAAAAUGCCGCAAGUAUGUGAAACUUUGUGGCAGUUCUGUU